AUCGAACGCGGAGAUAAUAUAGAAAUAAUUUCGCGACAACCACCUCAUGCACCUCGUUCGCUCGGACGGACGGACGAACGGGAGACAUUCGUUGAUCUCGUGCGAUAUGCGAAGCUCAUUUUGAACGACGACAAACGUUCAUGCCGGAGCGAAACGAAUACGUUAACAGCCAGAUGACGAGAGAGUAGCCGAGUUUCCGUUUCAUCUAUUGCGAGCUUUCUAGAAAUUUUCAGGGCUUUGCCCCUUCUCUUCCCUCUUCUCGAAUGUAUAUGUAUUCUUCGACUGCAUCUCGGAUCUCAUCGACUCGCGCUCGCGACUAAAGCGAGAGAAUAUGAAAAAGCUUGAGCGGUUGAUUUUAUCGAGUCUAUUUUUAGUAGUUUUGUUCAAAGACUAACGAAAGACGAAGAGGAAGAAAAUGGCGAAAGAGCGAAAGAGAGAAUAGGAGAGAAGGAUGGAAACUUAUAAAAGAUUAUAUUACGCGAUGUGUUGCGGUCUGUAAGAACACGGACAAUGGAUAUAAACAACAAAUCAAAUAAAACGUUACGAUGAAUGUUAGCUGAAUCGGAAUUAUUUCUCUCAUUUUCCCUUCUUUUCGCCUCUCCUUGCGGAUGACACCGUGAUUGCUGAUUCUUAUAUACGCGAACGCUAUCUGGUCCCAGUAAAUUGGCGCUAAAUUACCGUACGUCGAUUUCAGUCGUGCAGAGUGGCUUCCUUUCCUUCGCGAUCUCGUCAGACGCUCGAUUUGACGACUCGACUUCACGUUGCAGAGAUCUUUGUUACCGUUCGACAUAAUCCUCUCCGCACGAUUCAUGUCGCGUCUCAGCAGAGGACGCGAAGACCGACGUCCGAAUAAGUUUGAUCCGAAGCGUGCCUUGUCUCCUUCGCACAACGAGCCAAUCUGCCAACGUGAGUUUAAAGCGCAAAUUUAAUAACAGAAAGAUGAGGUUUCUCGCCGUCUGCUUCGCCGCAUGUCUUUGUGAGUUCUUGCUUGCAACUGCAAUCGAAGUUCACGAAACUUCAUGAUACGCUAUCGUGACGUGUAUUUCAAGGACACGAGACCAAUCUUACCCGUACGAGAGCGUACCUCCUUAUCGACGAAAUUUACGACGAGUAAAUCUCGGUCUCGUUCUCGUGACGAUUCGGAAAAAUGCAGCAUUACUUUCCGACAGUCGGUACUGGCGCGACUUGGCGGACAAAGAACUGGAAGAGUCUCUAUCGUAUCGCUGGAACACGAAGAAAGCGAAAAAUGUGAUUCUUUUCUUGGGCGACGGGAUGAGCGGGGACACCAUAACUGCCAGCAGGAUUUAUCGCGCCGGUGAAACCAGUCGACUCGCAUGGGAACAUUUUCCCCAUAUCGGAAUCCUGAAGACCUAUAAUACGAACAAACAAGUGCCAGAUUCGGCUUCUACCGCCACUGCGCUCUUCGGCGGAGUCAAGACAAAUUACGAGGUCGUUGGGGUGGACGCGCAUGUGCAAUUGGGAGAUUGCGAGGCGAGCCUGAAUGCAGAUUACCAUGUCGAUUCAUUCAUAGCAUGGGCCCAAGCAGCCGGUAAAGCCACAGGUUUCGUAACGACCACUCGAGUUACCCACGCGACCCCAGCUCCGCUUUACGCGCACUGUGCGAAUCGUCGAUGGGAAUGCGAGGCCAAAAUGCCGAAGAACGCCACCGGCUGCAAGGAUAUCGCCCGGCAAUUAGUGGAGGAUGAGCCCGGGAAGAAUAUUCGAGUGAUCAUGGGCGGUGGUAGACAGAUGAUGAAAUCCAACGUGAACGCGAGUAAGUUUGACCCGGUGGACACUUGGGCCUGCUACCGGCGAGACGGCCGUGACCUCAUCGAUGAGUGGAUGAAGGACAAGUCCGACCGUAUGCUGGCCUGGAAUGUGGUCCAAAACAAUGAGGAGUUAUUCCGCCUCGAUGUCAACAAUGUGGAUUAUCUACUCGGUAUCUUCGCCAACGGCCACAUCGAGAUGGACUGGAAGCGCGAACGAGGUCCCAGGGGACAACCCAGUUUGGAACAAAUGACCAUUGCCGCCUUACGCGUUCUUCAAAAGUAUCCAGAGGGCUAUUUCCUGAUGGUCGAAGGUGGCUUGAUAGACUUUGCUCACCACCGAGGCCACGCGGCCCAAGCUCUCCUGGAGACAGUCCGUUUCUCGGACGCCGUCGACGCCACUCUUCGAAUGGUCAACAUCGAAGACACUCUCGUCAUAGUCACCAGCGAUCACUCUCACUCGAUGAGCUUCAAUGGAUACAGUGCUCGGGGCUCAUCCAUUUUGGAGAUCGCUCAGAGAUCCAAGUACGAUGGUAUACCGUACACGACAUUGUCCUACAGCACGGGCGGCCCGAAUAAUGUCGCCUACACCGUGAAAGAAAACGGUCAAGUCGUGAGGAUCGAUCCGUCCCAAUCGAACACCACUGAUUUCACUUACAGUCAACAGGCCACGAUCAUAACGGACGAGGCUUAUCACGGCGGCGGCGAUGUGGCUGUGUACGCUAUAGGACCGUACGCGCAUCUUUUUCACAGCGUACACGAGCAGAACUAUGUGGCGCACGUGAUUGCGUACGCCGCGAAAGUCGGCAAGUACUCGAACGACGCGGCCACGAUGUUGCAGCGUGUUUUCUCAAUCUGCCUCUACGCCAGUCUAAUUUUAUUGAUCCUGAUCGCGUACAGAUAAAACUAAGUCUUCGACACGCCGAUGGGAUGAGAA